UAAUGGAAAAAGGAUAUUAUUUUCUCGUGUGAAGAAGAGUGCCGUUCUUCGCAUGUUACAAAAUUUCCAGUAUCAAUCUUCUCUUCUUCAUCUUCCAAUUCCCUCUUCGUUGUCGUCGUCUCUCGCAUGGCGGACCAAGAAUCACAAACUCAAUUCCCAUUCUCUAUCGAACCAUAAUUCAAUCCCCAUUUUCCCCUAAACUUCUACCCCCCACCCCCGAUUUCUCAUUCCUCUCCUACUCCCAACCUUAUUCUUAUUGCAUUCUUCUCACACGCAUUACUUUCAUCACUUACCCAAACUCCUUUUCUCUUCCUUUCCUUCCAUUUUCAAUUGCUACUCUCAAGGGGUCUUCUGAUUGAAUUUUCUGCUGGGUUUCAAGUGUUGCUACGAAAUUCCGAGUCUCCUCAUCUGUCGACGUUGAUAAUAAUCUUCAUUCCUAUCUCUACCGCCAUUUUACGCUGAUAUGAGGGGUUUCUGAGUCAUUCACACUUGCAUCUAAUCCGUUACUUGGGUGAUGAUGAAUGAGGGAAAGAGAGUUGCUCUUCUUCCUUCCCUUGCAUUUUCUUUCAAAUAGUCUUUAUAUCAUUGCCAUUGCAUUCUUCUGCGGUCAGGCCGAUUGUCAUGGUGAAGAAGGUUUCAAUCAAUAUUGUUAUUCUGAAUUGGAGCUCAGUAAUGAUUUCACUUUCUUGCGUGGAUAUGCUCAGUGAUUAUGAUUUAUAGGGUGGAUUUUGCUGUCGGUAGAGAAUAAAUCUGCAACAUAAGGGUAGAGUUUGCGACUUUUUAUUUAGGUCAAGUUAAAUCUUUCCUUUCCAUCUUUCAAAGAAAAUUGUAAUAUUGGCAUCUGACCUACUAGUUUCUUGUCCGACUCUUUCAUUUCAUUGAUGCCUUUAUAAACAUUUAUAGAACUUUCGUGCUCUUUGGUGGGCAUUUGGUAGGACUAGUACUUCUGGUGGUGUUUUGACUUAAUCUUUAUUCAAAGAAUGUGGUAAAGGAUGCAAGAAGUGUUAUUCAGUUAUGUUUGAUCAUGUUUAAUACUCAUUAUGGAAAGAAGUGAACCUACAUUAGUUCCAGAGUGGUUGAGAAGUUCUGGAAGUCUUUCUGGGAGUGGGAUUGCUCAACAAUUUGCAUCGUCUUCUUCUCACUCAGAUAUUUCUUCUCAAGCUCAUUACUCGAGGAGUAGAACAUCAAAGAGCAUUAGUGAUAUAGAUAAACCUCAUUUUGAUUUCUUGGAUUGGUCAUCUUCAUCAAGCACGAGGAGGAGUUCUAGCAAUGGCUCUGGAAAGAAUGCUUAUAGUAAUUUUAAUAGGAAUCAUCGUGAUAGAGACCGUGAGAAGGAGAAAGAUAUGUCAAAUCAUGGGGACCCUUGGGGUUAUGACUUUUCUAGCCCUCUGGUGAAUGUAUUUUCCAGUAGAGCUGAGAAGGAAACCCUGCGGCGUUCUCAUUCAAUGGUGUCUAGGAAGCAAGGUGAUUUAUUUCCUCAGAGAGUUGCUGUCAACUUGAAAAGUGGAGGCUAUAAUCAUAAGGCUAACAGUAAUGGCUUUCAUUCAGGAAGUACCAUUAAUGGUAUCACUGAUAAGGCUGUUUUCGACAAGGAUUUUCCAUCACUUGGAGCAGAAGAAAGGCAAGGAGGACCAGAUGUUGGAAGAGUAUCAUCUCCUGGCUUGACCACAUGUGUUCAUAGCUUGCCCAUUGGAAGUUCGACUUUGAUUAGUAGGGAAGGAUGGACAUCAGCUUUGGCUGAGGUGCCAACUACAGUCACAGGCAGUUCGGGUGCUCCAUCAUCUAUUCAACAGACUGCCAAUUCUGGAUUGGGAUCCCCAAAUGCUACAACUUCACGGAAGAUGGCUGAAGCUUUAACACAGGCACCAACAAGAGGUCGUGUUACUUCUCAGUCAACAGAGUUAUCUGUCAAGACACAGAGGCUUGAGGAAUUGGCCAUUAAGCAGUCCAGGCAGUUAAUCCCAGUAAUGCCUUCGAUGCCUAAAGUUUCUGUUCUUAAUACUUUUGAAAAAUCUAAGUCCAAAGGAGCAUCGAGAACUGCUGAAAUGAAUGUGCCUGGCAAGGGCGGUCAACAACAGCUCUCUAUGAUGCAACAUAAUAGUCAGCCUCUUCGAGGUGGACAAGUCAAGUCCGAUUCUCCAAAGACCACUCAUGGUAAAUUUCUGGUUCUCAAACCGGUAUGGGAGAAUGGCAUGUUAAAGGAUGGCUCAAAUCCUAUUAGUAAUGUUAACAGUAGAACUGCAAAUUCCCAGCCUUCUUCUGUUGCUUCUUCAGCAACAUCUAACACUUCAAGGAACCAAAACAACCUGCAUCCUUCCUCUCUGGAGCGGAAGGUAGCUGCAUUGGAUCUGAAAUCAGGAUCCACUUUGGAAAAGAGACCCCAUUCUGCUCAAUCACAAAGCAGGAGUGAUUUCUUCAAUCUCAUAAAGAAAAAGACUUUGGUGAAUGGAUCUACUUGUCUACAAGAUUCAGGUAUCUGUACAUCUCCUAUCAAGGAAAAAUCUGGAAUAGCGAAUGGGGAAGUGGUUAGUGCUGCAGUACAUCCUUCUGCUGUUACUGAUGAUGAGGUAGCUAGCAAUGGCAAUACGACUGAAGAGGUUCAGAGGUUUUCUGAGGUUGUGAAUAAGAGUUUGAGCCCUAACAAAGCAUUAUGUACAGACGAGGAAGAGGCUGCAUUUCUUCGUUCUCUUGGAUGGGAAGAAAAUUCAGGAGAGGAUGAAGGACUAACGGAGGAGGAGAUUAAUGCUUUUUAUCAGCAGUACAUGAACUUGAAGCCAUCUUUGAAGCCGAUUAGAUGUAAGUUACCGGAGCCCUCCAGUGCUGUCUGAAUAUAAUCAUCUUUCCUGUGGGAUCUUGGUCAGUUUAAACUCAUCUGACUUGGCGAUCCAGACGAAUAUCAACUUGUUUUUGUGGUAAGUUGUCUCGGGUUUCUUCCCAUAUUUUCUUUUAGGGAGUAAAAGAAAAAAAAAGUUGACAAUGUUGGGCAGGAAGCAGAGAGUGAGUGUUUGGUUUAGCGAAGUGCAAUAAGUUAAUAGGGGUCUCUGCUUGCAUACAAGUUUUCAUCUUGAUUUUUUUGUUUUUCUUUUUUUCUUUCUUUUUUUCUUUUUUGUCUGAAGAACAGUUAGGAAGGGAUCAGAUAGGUAAUGUACUUUAUUUUUUUGUUUGGAAUUGCAGCUGAAGAUGGCACUGCAAUUUGCAUAUUUCCAGUAUUUGGGCCCUUUUUUUUUACUCUUUACAGAUUGAUCCUUGAAAAAGGCCUGAUUUACUUUUUAUGAGUUUAAAUAGGGAAAAGAAUUUUUUAAUUUUAA